AUGAGCUCUUAUUUCGUCAACUCACUGUUCUCCAAAUACAAAACCGGGGAGUCCCUGCGCCCCAAUUAUUAUGACUGCGGCUUCGCCCAGGACCUGGGCGGCCGACCCACCGUGGUGUACGGUCCCAGCAGCGGGGGCAGCUUCCAGCACCCGUCGCAAAUCCAGGAGUUCUACCACGGGCCGUCGUCGCUGUCCACCGCUCCCUACCAGCAGAACCCGUGCGCCGUGGCGUGCCACGGGGACCCGGGCAACUUCUACGGCUACGACCCGCUGCAGCGACAGAGCCUGUUCGGUGCGCAGGAUCCAGACCUGGUGCAGUACGCCGACUGCAAGCUCGCCGCCGCCAGCGGCCUGGGCGAGGAGGCCGAGGGUUCAGAGCAGAGCCCGUCGCCCACACAGCUCUUCCCCUGGAUGCGCCCGCAAGCAGCCGCCGGACGCAGGCGAGGCCGACAGACCUACAGCCGCUACCAGACCCUGGAGCUGGAGAAGGAGUUCCUAUUUAAUCCCUAUCUGACUCGCAAGCGGCGGAUCGAGGUAUCGCAUGCGCUGGGACUGACAGAGAGACAGGUCAAAAUCUGGUUCCAGAACCGGAGGAUGAAGUGGAAAAAAGAGAACAACAAAGACAAGUUCCCCAGCAGCAAAUGCGAGCAGGAGGAGCUGGAGAAACAGAAGCUGGAGCGGGCCCCGGAGGCGGCGGACGAGGGCGACGCGCAGAAGGGCGACAAGAAGUAGGCUCCAGCUGGGACUGCCAGGGCCGCGGCUGCCCUCCGUCCGCGGGUCCCCCGACCACGCCGCCGUCGCCCGCCCCCGCCCGAGAGAGCUCUGGCCCCGCGAGCGGGGCCGGGAGCCUGGCCUCCCGCCGCAGCGUCCCCCGCCGCGCCAGUCCCCGCUAGUGGUAGUAUCUCGUAAUAGCUUCUGUGUGUGAGCUACCGUGGAUCUCCUUCCCUUCUCUUGGGGGCCGGGGGAGGGAAAAGAAAAGGAUUUUAAGCAAGGACUCCCUCGCCCUGCGAGGGUGAAGCGGCUGCGGCCUGGCUGAGCCCCCCACGCCCCCGCCCCGUGUAAAAAGCCUCCUUGUGCAAUGGUCUUUUUUCCUUUGAACGUGCUUCUUUGUAAUGACCGAGGUACCGAUUUCUGCUAAGUUCUCCCAACAACAUGAAACUGCCUAUUCACGCCGUAAUUCUUUCUGUCUCCCUCCCCUUCUCUCUUCUCUCUCUCUCUCUCUCUCUCUCUCUCUCUCUCUCGUCCUCAUUUCCCCCUCCCAACCCCUCUCUCACCGCUGCCCUCCCUAGCUCGCUGGCUUUCUCUCUUGCUUCUCUCUUUUCCUCCCAACACCCCCGCCCCCUUUGGUUUGGCAAUUUCGUCUUAAGUGUUUCUCAAAAGAGGUUACUUUAGUUAGCAUGCGCGCUGUGGGCAAUUGUUAAAAGUGUUCUUAGGUUUACUGUGAAGAGAAUGUAUCCUGUAUCCGUGAAUUGCUUU